AGGUUAAUGCGAUAGAUGGUCCCGGUUAAUGCUUUGGGGCAAAUGUUUUUGUUUAGGAGUUAGCAAGUGGUCUUCUCCUGCGCUCAUAUGGAGUUGGGGUGUGCCCUUAGGGCGCAGACAUGGCGCGCCCACCCCCAUCGCCUGUGUCAGAGUAUUUCAGCAGAGAAGAGAGGAGCAAGGCAUUUUGGAGACAGUAUCUAGUGGUCCUCAGUUGAGCAAGUUAAGAAACGAAUGGCCUAUACAUUUAGAUAAUAUUUUAUUCUUUAGGCCUAUACACUGAUAUUCUCAUGUGGAUUUAAAUUUUAGACGUUUGUCUCUUUCAAAAGUUUGAUCCCGUGGCCGGUGGAAAUUUUACGCAUAUUUUGCGAAGUGGAAAAUGCCUCGGUCUUUCUUGGUCAAAAAGUAUUUCGCCAACAAAAAACCUAACUACAGUGAAUUGGAAUGUCAAAAUGCCACCUCACUGGAGAGGUACCCACUAGCUGAACUCCCUGGAGGCAACAUCCACUCGUCUGCCACCUGUUACACGACGGGCCUGGUGUGGGAUGUGAGCUUCCUUCCCGCCCUCUACGUCCCCACAUCUCCCAAAGACGCCUCUCCCACCCCUGGACCCCUGGACCUCAGCUCUCCCUCCAGCCUCAGCAGCAGCGCCAGUAGCAGCGGCGAGGAGGACGAGGGUCGUACCUCUGACCCCCCCAGCCCAGAGCCCGCGGACACCUACCACCCUCCUCAGCGGCCGAAACGCGCCGGCGCCAAUAACCACGGCUCCCCGACGGAGGACGCGAGGGAGGCCCCGGUCGCCGCGGCGAGGCCUGCCUUCUUCUGCAAGCACUGCCCUAAGGAGUACACCAGCCUUGGAGCUCUGAAGAUGCACAUCCGCUCGCACACGCUUCCCUGUGUCUGUCCCACCUGCGGGAAAGCUUUCUCCAGGCCCUGGCUGCUGCGCGGUCACAUUCGCACACACACAGGCGAGCGCCCGUUCUCCUGCCAACACUGUAACCGGGCCUUUGCGGACCGCUCCAACCUGCGGGCACACCUGCAGACCCACGCCGAGGUGAAGAAGUACCAGUGUGGCGUGUGCUCCCGUACCUUCAGCCGUAUGUCCCUCCUCCAGAAACACAACGCGGCGGGCUGCUGCUCCUCCUCAGCCAGCGCGUGAACUGGGGAGCGGGUGGGGGGGUGGGGGUUAUCCCCGCAAAGACCUCAGGGCGGUGUGUGUGUGUGUGGGGGGUGGGGGGGUGGGGGGGUCCUGCAGGCCCACACCACCAGUGAGACCAGAGGAUCCUGAACCAGUCCGCCAACAGAGGCCACGGACCCACUGUUAACUAGCGCACCAGGAAGUUGAUCCUGAGCGGCUUCUCUCUUUAGAUGGAACGUCCGUAGCCGUCCCGCUUUAAACAAACAAACCCAAAAAAAAAAUAAACUGCAUUCAAAGAAACACGUUUCACCAACCCCUCCCGCUGCAAGCCAGAUCUGUCCACUGUGUUGGACUGCUGUUGUUGCUCGGGUGCAGUGCACGGCGGACUCACGGGGGCUUGUGGUGCCACUGUUCCCAUGAAUCUUUCCCAGUCUCCAUGUUGGCCGGACGAGCUCAGGAUCAGCAUGGCCUAGACACACACUCAGCCGCUGUGAGAGGUAGGAGUGCGUGGGUGGGAGGCAUCUCUCAGCAUGACACACACAAACACAAACACACACACACACACAGCUGUCCCUGGUAGAGUGAUGUGGAUAGACAAGGUGCUAACAGGUGCACAGGCCUGACCUUCACCAGGCCUAUAACAGGUGACAUCCAUUGCCCCCAGAAAGACUUACUGUCCUCAUCACAAAGAGGAUGGAGACCAUUGGUCUCUUUGUAUGGGUUUGUCUUAAGCCUUUAUUUUCACCACACCAAGCCCCAGUGUAAUCUGUUGUGUUCCAGAGAUAGGAUUAAGCCAUUUUUCUCUGUCUUCAUUCCUCAUUGAAGCUCUGCUCCUUCAAUGUAUUUUUAAUUCCUGAAUGAAUAUCCAAGCCAUGCACUCCGGGUUACCACAGUGUUAACUGUCCCUAUUGUUCUUUGUAACGCCUUUUCUGAACGCCAUAAACCUGUUUUAUGAUCUGUAUUAUUUCCAAACCAAAGAUGUGCCUUCUUACCUCAGCUGGUAGUUGUUGUGUGUUUUUACCUUGACUUUUCAGUGUUACUAUUAUAUAUCAAACAUUUCAAACUGGGGGAAGGAAGGGACCAAAUACCAUGGCUGACAUUGGCGUGAUAGAGGCGUGGGUUCACAGCCCUGUCUGUGCAGAGAUGGAUUUCAUAUCCAAAAACCUUUUAUGGUGGUGUUUAACAGUGCAAUGUCCAGAUUGUAUGUAGUCUUAUUCCAUUUUGUUUUUUAUAAUACUUUGUUUGUAUGUCUUCCACUUAUAUUUCAAAUCAUUCAUAGCUGUUGCCUUUGCCUUCAAUAAAGUAAUUUAUGUUUUUGAAAAGUA